GGUGAGCAUGAUGGUGAUUCUGCUGAACUGCGUGACGCUGGGGAUGUACCAACCCUGCGAGAACAUCGACUGCUCCUCGCAGCGCUGCCAGAUCCUACAGACAUUUGAUGCAAUGAUUUACAUCUUCUUCGCUGUGGAGAUGGUGGUGAAGAUGGUGGCCCUUGGGAUCUUUGGCCGACGCUGUUACCUUGGCGACACCUGGAACAGGCUGGAUUUCUUUAUCGUAAUGGCGGGGGUUGUGGAAUACUCUCUGGACCUUCAGAACAUAAAUUUCACAGCCAUCAGGACAGUCAGGGUACUGCGACCUCUCAAAGCCAUCAACAGAGUCCCAAGUAUGCGAAUCCUGGUGAACCUGCUGCUGGACACUCUGCCUAUGCUGGGGAACGUGCUCCUGCUCUGCUUCUUCGUCUUCUUCAUCUUUGGCAUUAUCGGUGUGCAGCUGUGGGCGGGGCUACUACGUAACCGGUGCUACCCCGAGGAGAACUUUACCCUCUCUACUGGUAUGGCUCUUCCUGCUCAGUACUACUCUCCUGAUGAGGAAGAUGAGCGGCCCUUCAUCUGCUCGUUGCCUCAGGAUAACGGGAUCAUGUCCUGCAACGAUAUUCCGGCGCGGAGAGAGGGAGGGCGGGACUGCUGUCUGGACGUGGAGGACGCUCUGCACCGGCAGGCCCUGGGCCUGGCUGCUGAACCCCUACUCAAUGCCAGUGCCGGCGCCGUGCCGGGGCUCUGUGUCAACUGGAACCGCUACUACACCCGCUGCCGCACGGGUCACUCCAACCCGCACAAGGGCGCCAUUAACUUUGACAACAUUGGCUAUGCCUGGAUCGUGAUAUUUCAGGUCAUAACUCUGGAAGGCUGGGUGGAGAUCAUGUACUACGUAAUGGAUGCUCACUCUUUCUACAACUUCAUCUAUUUCAUCCUGCUUAUUAUAGUGGGCUCCUUCUUCAUGAUCAACCUGUGCCUGGUAGUCAUAGCGACUCAGUUCUCUGAGACGAAACAGCGGGAGCACCAGCUGAUGCAGGAGCAGCGAGCAGCCUGUCUCUCGUCCAGCACGCUGGCCUCGCUGGCCGAGCCGGGGGACUGUUAUGAGGAGCUCUUCCAGCUGGUCUGCCACGUGCUGCGAAAGGCCCGUCGUCGCUCCGUCGCCCUCUUUAGGGCCCUCCGACGUCACCCUCGAGAACUCACACCCUCCCGAACACAAAGGGGUGGGGCCAACAUCAACGGUGGAGAGAGGGUACAAAAACACCAUCAAGUGCCCCACUGUCCACAUCACAUUAAGCCUGACCACACCCCUACUGAAGGCUCUCCUGCUCCGCCCGUGCCACCUGGUUCUGAGGACUGCCCUCAGUGCGCCAUGGCUCUUUCACUCAGCGAUGGGGCGGGACCUGUUGGCACGCCAGCCAAUGAGGAAUCAGAAGAGGGUACAGUGGAGGAGACGGAUGAGCAGGGCGGCCAAUCAGAGGAGAAGAAAGAUGAGGGGGCGUGUAAAGGGAAGUGUAAGGAGCUGUGGAUGGAGAUGAGGAUCAAGCUGUGGGGAAUCGUAGAGAGCAAAUACUUCAACAGAGGAAUCAUGAUCGCCAUUCUUAUCAACACAAUCAGCAUGGGCAUCGAACAUCACGAGCAGCCAGAAGAGCUGACCAACGUUCUGGAAAUUUGCAAUAUUGUCUUCACCAGCAUGUUCGCCCUGGAGAUGAUCCUGAAGCUCACCGCCUUUGGCUGCUUCAACUACCUGCGCAACCCCUACAAUAUCUUCGACGGCAUCAUCGUCAUCAUCAGUGUAUGUGAGAUUGUAGGUCAGUCCGAUGGUGGUCUGUCGGUGUUGAGGACAUUCCGGCUGCUGCGUGUGCUGAAGCUGGUGCGCUUCAUGCCGGCGCUGCGCCGGCAGCUGGUGGUGCUGAUGAAGACAAUGGACAACGUGGCUACUUUCUGCAUGCUCCUAAUGCUCUUCAUCUUCAUUUUCAGUAUUCUGGGGAUGCACAUAUUUGGCUGUAAGUUCAGCCUGAAGACGGACGCUGGCGACACGGUGCCGGACAGGAAAAACUUUGACUCUCUGCUGUGGGCCAUAGUCACCGUGUUUCAGAUCCUGACUCAGGAAGACUGGAAUGUGGUUCUGUAUAACGGCAUGGCCUCCACUUCACCUCUGGCUGCUCUCUAUUUUGUGGCUCUCAUGACUUUUGGAAACUAUGUACUGUUUAACUUGCUGGUGGCCAUCCUGGUAGAGGGAUUUCAGGCAGAGGGUGAUGCUAACCGCUCGUACUCGGAUGAUGACGGGUCCUCCUAUGAUGAGAGUGAGAAACACAAGGACUCGCUCCAGCUCUCUGAUCCUAAACUGUGUGCUUUGACCCCAAAUGGACAUCUGGAACUGAACCCUGUGGGUGGAGGCAGGAGGAGUUUUGAAGAAGAAUCCCAUAAGAGCAGCGUCACCAGUUUGGGCAAAACCAGCCUGGAGCAGCGCUCUUUCUCAUUGCGUCACGGCCGCAGUUCCCUGUACCGCCACUGGGGGCGCCAUCACCCUCAGUCUGCCUGGAGUCGGCGCUCCAGUUGGAAUAGCAUGGGUCGUACCUCCCGUGGGCUGACUGUAGGAGGCAGCCUGAGGGUCCGUGGCCCUCACUCCCACCCAGCUGAACGCGAAUCCCUUCUGUCCCCUCCUCCCCAGCUCUCUCACCCUCCCCCUCUCCUAUCCCGCCGCCUCCCCCCACGCCGGGACCGCCGCGCUCUCUCCCUGGAGUUGCCUGAGUGCUUCCAGCUGCCUGGACCCCCCCUGCAGCGCCCCCCUCUGACCAGAAAGAAGAGCUUCUGUGGGGACCACGGCUCUGGAGAGCACCAGGAUUGUAAUGGGAAGGCACCGGGCCCUCGGGCCCCGCUGCUGAGCGAAGUUUACCCACAGCUGAACGCCCGUAAGGACAGGCCCCACAUUGAUGAGGAGACAGACUAUAGCCUGUGUUUUCGGAUCCAGAAGAUGAUCGAGGCGUACAGGCCUGACUGGUGCGAAACGAGGGAGGACUGGUCUGUCUACUUGUUUUCUCCCCAGAACAAAUUCAGGUUGACUUGCCAGAAGAUCAUAGCUCACAAGCUGUUUGACUAUGUGGUGCUGGCCUUCAUCUUCCUCAACUGCAUCACUGUGGCUCUGGAAAGACCCAAGAUUCAUCAAGGCAGUCUGGAGCGAGUCUUCCUUACCAUAUCUAACUACAUCUUCACUGCCAUCUUUGUAGCCGAGAUGACGGUCAAGGUGGUAUCGAUGGGCUUGUAUCUGGGCGAGCGAGCGUACCUACGCAGCAGCUGGAACAUUCUGGACGGUUUCCUGGUCUUUGUGUCUCUGAUUGACAUUGUGGUGUCGAUGGCGGGAGGCGCGAAGAUCCUGGGCGUUCUGCGUGUUCUCAGACUGCUCAGGACACUGCGCCCCCUCAGGGUGAUCAGUCGGGCCCCUGGGCUCAAGCUGGUGGUGGAAACUCUGAUCACAUCCCUGAAGCCCAUAGGCAACAUCGUGCUCAUCUGCUGUGCUUUCUUCAUCAUCUUCGGCAUCCUCGGCGUGCAGCUCUUCAAAGGGAAGUUUUAUUACUGUGUGGGUCUGGAUGUGAAGAACAUCACCAAUAAGUCGGACUGUCUUUUGGCGAAAUACAAAUGGGUUCAUCACAAGUACAACUUUGACAACCUGGGGCAGGCUCUGAUGUCUCUGUUUGUGCUGGCGUCUAAAGAUGGCUGGGUCAAUAUAAUGUAUCAUGGGCUCGAUGCUGUGGGAAUAGACCAACAGCCGGUGACCAACAACAACCCGUGGAUGCUGCUGUACUUCAUCUCCUUCCUCCUCAUUGUCAGUUUCUUCGUCCUGAACAUGUUCGUGGGUGUGGUGGUGGAGAACUUCCACAAGUGCCGGCAGCACCAGGAGGUGGAGGAGGCCAAGAGGAGAGAGGAGAAAAGACUCCGCCGCAUGGAGAAGAAGAGACGGAAGGCUCAGAAGUUGCCAUACUACGCUGGCUACAGUCACAUCCGUUUGAUGAUCCACUCCUUCUGCACCAGCCAUUAUCUGGACCUCUUCAUCACCCUCAUCAUCUGCAUCAACGUGGUCACCAUGUCGCUAGAGCACUACGACCAGCCUAAGUCCCUGGAGACGGCUCUGAAGUACUGUAAUUACUUCUUCAGCUCCACCUUCGUGGUCGAGGCUACACUAAAGCUCAUUGCCUUCGGCUUCCGACGCUUCUUCAAAGACAGGUGGAAUCAGUUGGACCUGGCUAUCGUGCUUUUAUCCGUGAUGGGCAUCACUCUGGAGGAGAUUGAGAUCAACGCUUCUCUUCCCAUCAACCCCACCAUCAUACGGAUCAUGCGGGUGCUGCGGAUCGCCCGUGUGCUGAAACUGUUGAAGAUGGCCACAGGGAUGCGUGCUUUGCUGGACACGGUAGUUCAGGCAUUACCUCAGGUGGGGAAUUUGGGUCUGCUGUUUAUGCUGCUGUUCUUCAUCUACGCUGCUCUGGGUGUGGAGCUGUUUGGAGAACUGGUGUGUAAUGCAGACCAUCCAUGCGAGGGGAUGAGUCGGCACGCUACAUUCGAGAACUUCGGCAUGGCCUUCCUGACGCUGUUCCAGGUUUCUACUGGUGACAACUGGAACGGGAUCAUGAAGGAUACCUUGCGUGAGUGCCCCCCGGGCGACACCUACUCCUGCAAUGCCAGCCUGCAGUUCAUCUCCCCCAUGUACUUUGUCAGCUUUGUGCUGACCGCCCAGUUCGUGCUCAUCAAUGUGGUGGUGGCCGUGCUGAUGAAGCACCUGGACGACUCCAACAAAGAAGCUCAGGAGGAUGCAGAGAUGGAUGCGGAGAUUGAGCUGGAGCUGGCUCAGGGUGGGCUGUGCUGUCUGGGGGGACUGGCGGCCGCCGCUGGGCCUGGACUGGGCGUCACGAGUGGAGGAGGAGGUGGAGGUGGAGGUGGUGGAGCUAGUAGUGGAGGUGGUGGAGUCCAGGAGAGACCAGGAGGAGUUGAGUGUGGAGGCAGACACGCAGCCAUGGUGGGGGCUCACGUCCAUGCCAGCCAGAGCGGAUACACACCUCAGAGAGGAGGCCAUGAAUCGCAUAACCACAGGAAGCUGUACUCACCAGCACAGGAGAACCUGUGGCUGGACAGUGUGUCUCUGCUGAUUAAGGAUUCUCUGGAGGGAGAGAUGCAGAUGAUUGAUAACCUGUCAGGAUCUGUGUUUCAUCAUUACUCCUCACCUGCUGUGUGUCGAGACUGCAGGUGCCAUCCAGCAGAGAUCCGAUUGGCUGAAGUGGAGCAGGCCUCCCUGAUGUCAGAGCAGCUUUCAGACAAGUCGUCAUCGCCAGUGCUGCCUGAUGACCUCAGCCUCGAUGACCACAGCGUUUAUCAGCUCUUGGUUAGAGACAGCAAGGAGGAGAGAGGAAGCAGCGGGUCUCAGAGUUUAGAGGAGCUUCAGAGCGCACCAGGGGAAUCCAGGGGGUCCUGUGCUCACAGCAGAGCCCACAGCCCAGCCAGUGAAGGUGGGGACAGGUUGCUUGAGCUGGACCACCAAGAGCAGAAAGAAGCAGCUUCUCAUCAGCACAUGCCAUCUCACAGUCAAGGUGGCGAGAAAUGCAGCAGUAGCAGCAGAGGUGAUGGGAGGGCAUCCUCUCCUCUCUUUCAUCUCCCGGCAGAGUUCUUCCACCCAACCACAGCCGUCCCCCAAGAGAGCCUGGCAGUGGGGGCAGCCCGGGCAGGACGAGCUGGCUCCAGGCUCACCUCACCAGCCUCUUGGGCCUCGCUCCGCUCCCCCGGGGCCAACAACAGGGCCGUGGGCCAACAGCCCCCAUCCCACAGUGUGUCCUCCCUGGCCAUGGGCAGUUCUGAAGGCAGCCUACAAACUGCGCUGGAGGAAGGCCUAAGCUUUGGUGCAUCACCUCCACGAGGCCUGACUUUACCCCCACCUCUGAUCUGCCCUCUGCCAGAAAGCACCCUUCCCUCCCCGGGCCUCAGCCAGAGACUGCAACCUGCCCAAACUGGCUCCAGUCUGCAGGCCACUAGGGGGCACCAGAGAAGCCAGAGCAGCUGUGGCGGCAGCACCAGCCCCAGCUGCAACAGGCAGGACUCCAUGGACCCUUCGGACGAGGAUACGGACAUAGGGAUCGGUGGAGGAUCAAGUCAGGCAGGCAACAGCGAGCAUUUGUCGGAAACUCUCAGCAGCCUGUCACUAACCUCGCUCCUCACGCCUGGCUCGCUGGCGCCGCCGCUGGUUAAAAAGUGCAACAGCACCGGGAGCUUAGACCAAGGCAACCUUUCAGUGCGGAAUAAAGACGGGCGGCAGUUUUACGGCAUGGACCAACAUCAGUAUCUCUCUAACCCUUGGACGGAAGAGAGAGGUGGAGGGGGAGGGGAGAAAGGGAUGACGGGACUGAGGUUAAAAAGUUCCAGCCAAACGAUGGACGCUGGUUCUCGCAAGAACAGAUGAAACGUGCCCCUUGUUUUGUUGUCGUCUCGCUUGCGUUGCUCUCCAGAGCGAGAGAGAUGCCUGAUCUGUUCUGUGAACUCCCCCCUCUCUCAGUCUUUCAUUCAUAACACAUGCGUGUUUUGUGUAGCCUUGACGAACAGGUGAAGCUCACCAGAACGAGAGGACAGGAAGCCGAUGAGGAGCAGAAACAGCAGCAUGUUUCAUUUGAGGCAUCCUAGAGGAUCUUGGCAUACGCUGUCAAUGCAGAAGCAUCGCAGUAUAAUGGUAUAAAUCUUCUUCGGGUGUAAGGAAAGGCCAAAAAUGGAGUGAAAUCUUCCAAAAAUAGUGCACAUGAACUAAUCCUGUGUAGGUGAAUGAAAUUUGGAUGUGUGGGAGUUGUUCUCAAGGUUGUUUUUUUUUCCAUGAAAUUCAGCCUGCCUUGAUCUUCUACAUGCAAAAAGGUGACAUUUCAGGAAAGAAGCUUUGGGGUGACUCUUUUGAUGUAGGACUUUUUGAUGUAAGACGACUGCGGUUUCAUCCACAGAUAAGGUAGCGACGAUCAAACUUUUGACUUAGCAACCUCCCUUAGUAAAUCAAAGAAGAACGGUGAUAGGUUAUUUUCUAAAUGUGAUCCUAAAUAUUAGAUUUGUGUGCAGGUCUGUGUGAACUGUCUCCAUAUGGCAAGUUAGAUAUUCUUAAAUUUAAAAGGAGGGCUAAUUUAAAACAGUAAUUUAGUAGCUAGAUUUCUGGGGGGAAAUAUCUGGAAAAUACAGUGAGUAACCAACUAUAGAAGUGUUUGAUUCUUGGCUGUUGACAUGAAGAUAUAUUCUGAAGGAGAAAGUAGCUCCAAAGAAAUGUUGAAGAAAUGAAAGAAUUGGGAAAGCAACAGAACCAAGGACGUCUUCGCAGUUGUCCGGUUGUUUGGAUGCCGCUCCAGCAGAGUUAAAGCAGCUUUCCAUUUUGGGACACUGAGAGCUGAUGUCGGAACAUGGUGUUCUACCAUAAAGAUGUCAAAAAUGAAGAACUUUACUCAUUUAUUUUUACAAGAGAAGUAGUAGAAAUCUAAUUUUCCUUAUCCAAACGUUUCGUGUUGCAGCUCUGUUCAUUUCUCACAACCAUUUGCAGUUUUACACGCAACGCAAAAUUGCUUGAAAUAUGCUCUGAAAGGAAGUAGGUGUCUACUUAGCUAUGUAAAACCUAGUUUUUGCAGAUUCUUUGGUUGAACAACUGACUACUGGAAGGUUUUGGAAUUAUUCAGGGGCCAGAACAAAUGUCUUUCAGGAAUUAUGAAAUGCUUAUAAUUCAUACUGCAUGUGACAUUUAUUUUUCUUACAUAGCUGAUCCUCGUAUUAAGAUGUAGCCUAGCUGCUCUGAGAAUAUUAUUUUUGCAUGAUGUUAUUACACUUCUUCUGUUUUUAUUUGAGUCUUUUGUCAUUAUGCUCAAAUGAAAUCAAGGAAUCAUCAUUACAUCAUUGCAAAAUUCUUGACCU